AGGGCAUCUGGUCGCCGCUGCGCCCUCGUUUCGUGUCGCCACUGAUGUAAAAAGAGACCAGUCACGGACAUCAAAUGACAUUUGUAACGGAGGCACCGCCAGAGGGGACGGCACUGACUCAUAACACAUUCAUAUGAGGCUGAUGUAUGUACCCAGUGAGGAGACUACAGUCCUCAGGAGCCACAUAGCACCUCUCCUCCACCUCCAUCUUAACUUCCUUUGUACAAGGGUAUGCCUUCUGAACCCAGCCUCAGCAGUAGGGAGAUGCUGACAGGACAGAGGCUCUGCCAGUCUAAGUCACACCAGGAUUCAGUCCUCUCUGCUCUCAACCAGCAGAGGAAGGAUGGCUUGCUGUGUGACGUCACCCUGGUCGCCGGUGAGCAGAAGUUCCACGCCCACAAAGCCGUCCUAGCAGCGUGCAGCGAUUACUUCAGGGCCAUGUUCAGCUUGUGCAUGGUGGAGAGUGAGGCAGACGAAGUGACUCUGCAGGGAGUGACCAGCGUUGGAUUGAAGCACGCUUUAGAUUUCGCCUACACUGGACAGAUUCUGUUGGAGCCAGCGGUGAUCCAGGACGUCCUGUCUGCAGGCAGCCACCUUCAGCUGCUGGAGCUCCUCAGCCUCUGCUCACACUACCUCAUCCAGGAACUGAGCAGCGUGAACUACCUGGAGCUGUACCGCGUGGCUGACCUGUUCCACCUCCCCACCUUAGAGGAGGCUGUGGUGGGCUUCCUGGUGGAGCAUCUGUCUGAGCUGAGCCAGAGCCGGCAGGACGAGGCCCUGCAGCUGCCCUACCGCCUCCUCAGGGAGGUGCUGAAGAGCGACCGUCUCACCUCUCUGAGCGAGGAGGAGAUAUGGAAGUUGGUUGUUCUGUGGCUAGAACACGACUGUCGCUACCAGUACACUGAGGAUCUUCUACAGCACGUCCGCUACGGCUUGAUGGAUGUCCCCACACUGCACCAUCUUUCCCGUAGCCAUUCUCUGGUCCAGUCUAGCCCUACCGCUGCUGCUCUGGUGGAUGAAGCCCUGGACUACCACCACGCCAUCUACGCUCAGCCCCUCCACCAGUCAGCGCGCACCAGGCCACGCUUCCAGUCCCUCACCCUUUACAUAGUUGGAGGUCGGAAGCGGGAGGUGAGCAGAGUCCGGGAGCUGCGGUACUUCAACCCAGCUGCGCAGGAGCACGUACGAGUGGCCGGCGGGUCGAACUGGUGUGAGCUGGCGCCCAUGCCCACUGGACGCAGCCACCACUGUGUGGCUGUAAUGGGGAACUUCCUGUUUGUUGUGGGUGGGGAGGUGGAGCAUGCCACUGGGAGGACAUGUGCAGUAAGGACUGCCUGUAGAUAUGACCCCAGGGGCAACCGUUGGACUGAGAUUGCCCCCAUGAAGGCAUGCAGGGAACACUUUGUCCUGGGAGCUCUGGGGCAGUACCUAUAUGCAGUGGGGGGCAGGAAUGAGCUGAGACAGGUGCUGCCCUCUGUGGAGCGCUACUGUCCCAAGAGGAACAAAUGGAUGUUUGUCCAGCCCUUUGACCGCUCGCUGUCCUGCCAUGCCGGCUGUGUGGCUGACAACCUGCUCUGGGUCUCAGGUGGGGUGACAAACACUGCUCAGUACCAAAACCGAUUGAUGGUUUACGACCCAGAACAGGACCAGUGGUUGGCCCGCAGUCCCAUGUUGCAGAGACGAGUGUACCACGUCAUGGCGGCGGUGAGGAGGCAGCUGUACGUGCUGGGCGGGAACGACCUGGAUUACAACAAUGACCGCAUCUUGGUCCGCCACAUCGACUCCUAUAACAUGGACCUGGACCAGUGGACACGUUGCUCCUUCAGCCUUCUCACAGGUCAGAACGAGUCUGGAGUAGCUGUCCACGAUGACAGGAUCUACGUGGUUGGAGGAUACUCUAUUUGGACCAAUGAGCCUCUGGCGUGCAUUCAGGUGCUGGAUCUGAGCACAGAGGGAAAGGAGGAGGUUUUCUACGGGCCAACAUUGCCAUUUGCCUCCAAUGGGAUAGCAGCCUGUUUCCUCCCUGCUCCUUACUUCACCUGCCCAAACCUACAGACUCUACAAGUACCCCAUCACAGGAUAGGUGCUGUUUAACCCACUGCUUUACAAAAUGUCAGAAAACCAGAACACAUGGAUGGAAAAACCACUGAUAAAAAAAAAAAAAAAAAAAAA